CCAUCUAAACACACUCUGGUUCAUCAGUCUUUGGUUCAUCUCUCUGUUAUUACCUUGACUGAACAUAAGGACACUGAUAUGGUGAAGUUAAGCUGCUCUGUGGUGACACAUGCAGAGUGUCAUCACACAGUGAAGUGGCUGCUUAGAGGUCAAGCUGUGGACAAAGAGAACAAACAAAUAGUGACUUCACAGACUGACUGCUCCACCACUCUGUCUAUUCUGAAGUAUAAUUAUUUAUACUCAUCAAGUCAUAAAAUACUGAAGUGUGAAGUGACUGAUACUAAAACAGGAAAAGUGCAGCUGUUUACCUUCAGCCAUCAGACCUCAGGUGAGGAAACAGGUGACACAAAAACAACAAAGAAACCAGCCAGAAAAACUGAAACAACAACAACAAUUAAGACGCUUCUAAAAUCAGAUGAUACAACAGCAAAAACUGUGGAAAGUGAAAGCACGACAGCAAACAACAAACCGUCAGGAGAUUCACAACAUGGUGUCCUGUGGUUCAUCAUUCCAGCUGUGGGUUUGGUCUCACUCUUGAUAGUUGUUGUGUUUUUCAUCAGAUGGAAGAGAACUAGAGGAAACAAAACACAGAUGGAUGAAGAUGCUGGACUGAGUUUAAACCCUGCAGAGACUCGGUCUGCUCCUCAAACCAGUCAGGACUCGGCGGAUCCUGAAGUUUCCUACGCUACAAUCAGCUACAACAAGACCACGAAUAAAGUUCAGGUUCGGGGUGAUGAUGAAGGUGAUGCAGUGACCUACAGCACCGUGAAGGCUCAUUACUCUUCUGCUGCAGCCACUGCUGAUCCCAGCAGCCUCUACUCUACUGUCAGUUUCCCAGUCACAUAGUUCAAGUUGACAAAAAGGACUCGCAUUUAAGUUAAAGACUAAUUUUGUGUUUGCAUACAACAGAUUGAUAGCAACAUACUAAUUAACAUAAACUAUUAGAUAGAUACCAUUAUUAUAACAAACAUUUGGUUUCAAAUCCAGAAUCACGUCUUUAUAUCCUCCAUUAAAACUAUGUAAAUAAAUGUAAAUAGAAACUUUCUUUUCUUUAUGAAAUCAGACCAGUGUGUUUCCAUAAUGUGAUCCAAGUGUGAAUAUCUAAAUGUAUCCACAUAAGCCUUGUAUAGAUAUUAAUGAUAUAGUUAUAAAUUUAUAUUUUACGAUAUUUUACAGGAAAAAACUUUUCUGCAAACAUUUGUAUAUUAUUAACAUAUUUGCAGCUUAACAAAAAACUAAAAGUUGUUCCUGGUUAGUUCAGCAGAAGACAUGUGGAGGUUGAAAUUUCAUUUAAACCCUGCUUACACUUGCAGUUCAGGUUAAUUAAAAGCAUUAAAUUUACCAAGUAAUGAUGGCAGCUGACCUACUGAAUGAUUCCCAGCAUCCAGUGUCACCAAGUGUUUGUAUCUGAGUUCUGGAGUAAUGCUGAGCCUUAUUUCAUACAGAUUAUUUCAGUUACGGACUUUUGGUGUCUAUUUUAAUGACUUCACUGUUCCAGUGUUUCAGUUUUUGAAGUCUUCUUAUUAUGUUUUUUAAUUAAGAGUUGGUGUCUAUUUCUUUCUGUGUUUUAGGUCCCUUGAGGUUUCCCCUGUCUCAUCUACAUCCUUUAACCUCUUUGUUAUCAUGUUUAGUGCGAGUACUGGCUGUAGCUUUAGUUUGUUAUUUCCUGUUUUACUUUGAAGUUUACUUUUCUUUCAUGUAUCGCAUUAGUCCUACUUUUUAUUUUUGUUAUUUCUCACUCUGCCCUGAUUGUCUUCAUCUGUGUUUAUCCUCAACCUCAACUAGUCCUCAAUGUAUAUAAAGUCCUGUCCUCCCCCUUUAUCUUUCCCUCAUCAUUUGUUGGAUCUUGUGAUUCGGGUUUCUUCUUUAAGUUUUGUUCAGUUCCUUCCACAUUCAUCCAAUUUUGUUUUUGUUACAUUUUAAUAUGAGCAAUUUUUAAGUCUACUGUUUUCUAUUUUAUUUCUGCACAUAAAUAAACAUUUAU